AAGCUUCUUUCUUUCGACCUCUUUGGAAACGAAUUCACCGCAUAGAAAAGCCCUAUACCACUCACCUCUCAGCUCUCUCAGCCACAACAAAACCCUCAAAAUGUCUGGCAACUCUGAAGUUGAAUACUUGAAGUCUCUUGUCUCUCAGCUCCAAGACAAGAUCCAUCAUCUCGAGAAGUCUACCUCCACCUCCGUCUCCAACACCAUCUCCUCCGUUACCUCUGCCCUCUCCCCCUCUUCCUCCAUCAAGCCUCCCCGAAUGGUCCUCAUUGGCCCUCCUGGUGCUGGUAAGGGUACACAAGCGCCCAACAUCUCCAGCAAGUACUGCAUCUGCCACCUCGCUACUGGUGACAUGUUGAGGGAGCAGGUCGCCAGACAAACCGAGUUGGGCAAGGCUGCUAAGCAGAUUAUGGACCAGGGCGGUUUGGUUUCCGAUGAGAUUAUGGUUGGCAUGAUCAAGCAGGAGUUGGAGAAGAACGCCGAGUGCAAGAACGGCUUCAUCCUCGACGGUUUCCCCCGUACCGUUCCCCAGGCUUCCAAGCUUGAUGCCAUGCUUGCCGAGCGCAAACAAGCUAUCGACCACGCUAUCGAGCUCAAGAUCCCCGACGUCUUGUUGAUCUCCCGAAUUACUGGUCGAUUGGUCCACCCCGCGAGCGGUAGGAGUUACCACAAGGAAUUCAAUCCCCCUAAGAAGCCCAUGACCGACGACAUUACCGGCGAGCCCCUCAUCCAACGUUCCGACGACAACGUCGGUACCCUCAGGAAGCGAUUGGACACUUAUCACGCCCAGACUGGCCCCGUUGUUGACUACUACAAGGGUACAGGUGUUUGGACCCCUGUCGAUGCCGCUCAGAGCCCCAAGUUGGUCUGGGCUAGCAUCAGCAGUAUUUUGGAAAGCAAGAAGAACUAAGGAAUGGGAUGAAAAGUUGAAUUAUGAAAGUGGAGAAAGAUGAGGGUGGAAGGGUACAGAAAGGUUCAGAAUGGACUGGAGUAGAAGGUAUAGAAGCUGGACGGUUUUUGGGAACCAAAAACGGGCAGAAUGCAUUUUGCAUGGGUAACGAAAUCACGAUCGGUCUCUCGA